AUGUCUCAUGAUGCGCCUUCAUCUAUAAACCCAUUUCUCUUUAAAAACAUUCGAUUUGGUAUCCUGCAACAACCACCUUUACAAUUUGAUCAACCCGUUGGAAAACAAUUUUUUGAUAAGUUUGCGCUUCAAGUCUUAUCGGUUGAGG